AUGUUGUUUAAAAAACUUGGUCCUUUAUCUUUCCUUUUUAUUAUCUUAAAAUGUUUAAACACGGCUUCCGCCCAAUCCCCCCAAAUUUGCGAUAAAGCACCUGACGAUGCAAUAAAAAAUGCUUGUAAAAAUAUGGCUAAUGUAAUGGUUAAUGUUUCCAAUUUUGUUGCUGAAAAUCCACUAACGAAAGGAAUGACUCAAGAUAGUGCUAGCGAUAGGCCUGAACUUAAAUGCUUGAAUCAAAGCUGUGUUUGUCCAUAUUAUGGAGGCAAAACUGAUGGUUCUGUCAAUGGUUGUACCCUUCCAAACGGUCAAAAAGUUCAAAAAGCACUUCGUAAAGAAAUAAGAAUGAUAUCAGAUGAAGAAAGAAAUGAACUUUUUAAAGCAAUUCGAGAUAUGAAAGAUACUUCAGAUUAUGAUUAUAUAGCUGCAAUACACAAACUUGCCUAUGAACAAGGCGGUGCUCACAUGGGAGCCGCAUUUUUUUCUUGGCACAAUGAAUAUUGUAAAAGAUAUGAAAUCUUGAUUCGUAAAAGAAACCCUUCACUUGCUUUACACUAUUUGGACUCUACACUGGAUAGUCCGUUACCGACUCCAGCAGAUUCUGUUCUUUUUACAGAUGAGGUAAAUUACCUGAGAUAAAUUAAUUAGCAACCAGGCCUAAAGGAAAUGAAGAUAUAUGUAAGCUGUAGGGAACAUUAAGUAGAUUGAAAAGAACAAUGAACAAGGGAAAGUAGGUUGAAGGGAACAUGGAUUGUAGGGCAAAAGGGAAAAGGAGAAAUAGAAAGAAACAAGGAAAGUAGUCUGUAGAUUAGUUUUUCUUUCCCCUAAGUA